UUCUGCUCCAGUUUUGAUUGCGUUUCUUCUGAAAAUAAUAAUAAUCAAUUAAAACGAUGUCUGUGCUGCACAACAUAUGCCGAGCCGCGCUGCAGACAAACUCCUUCGCCUCCAGGCGCCAGCUGUCGGUGGCCACACGUGCCUUCAGCAAUGAAAGCACCCAAUCUGGACAUGCGUCCUCUGAAGAUCAGCCAGAAAGCAGCAGCAAAGGAGGCUUCGCCCGUGCCUAUGACAAGUACACGGCUCCCGCAGCGCCAGAGCAGCCGCAGGUGGACAAUCAAACCUUUGCCUCACUGCUGCGCAACUCCAAGUUCGUAGAUCUGGGCAGUGCCGAAGGGAAGGUGGUUAGCGGCAAGAUCUUUCACGUGGUGGAGGAUGAUCUGUACAUAGAUUUCGGCUGGAAGUUCCACUGUGUAUGCUCACGGCCCGCUCGGAAUGGCAGUGACUACGUGCGUGGCGCCCGCGUCCGCUUGCGUGUCAAGGAUCUGGAGCUGUCUACUAAAUUCCUGGGCUCAUCCAAGGACAUAACCAUCCUGGAAGCAGACUGCCAGCUGCUGGGUCUGAUAUCCACUCCCACCAGACAGGGAGCAGCCAGAGCAGCGCCCAAAAUGGAUAAUAUUCUAUAGAGUUUAUUCUAAAACAUGUAGAGUGCAUUAAACAAAGUGUUUGUUAAGUUAAA